AUGGCACAGGUCGAGGGUGCUGCUCCUCUUUUCGGCGCCGAAUUAAGGGAUGCCUUUAAACCCGUCAACGCUUGGGUAUCGAACGGCAUCGGCUGGCUAGACGAAAUUCAACAAUUCUACCGGGAGCGUAGUGCCAUAGAGAAGGAAUACGCCUCGAAAUUGACUGCCCUGUGUCGUAAAUAUCAGGAUCGCAAGUCGAAAAAGUCCAGCAGUCUCAGUGUUGGAGACACCCCCGCCCUGACACCCGGCUCCCUCGAAUCUGCUUCCCUGACAACAUGGACGACGCAAUUAUCAGCCAUCGAGGCAGAAGCUGCGGAGCGCCAUCAAUAUGGUGCUGAUCUCGAGUUCCGCAUUGCCGAGCCUCUGAAACUAGCAGCCGCACGAUACGACGAACUCCGCAAGAACCACGUUGAAUGGUCGGGAAAAUUGGAAAAAGAACGGGAUGCUUCGUACAGUGAUUUAAAGAAAUCCAAAGGAAAAUACGAUGGCGUUUGCCAAGAAGUGGAAAAUCGGCGAAAGAAGAUGGAGUCGGCGUUCGAUCAUGGCAAAGCAAAGUCGCAGAACGCUUACCAACAACAGAUCUUGGAAAUGAACAAUAUCAAGAACACGUAUUUGAUUGCGAUUAACGUCACGAACAAGUUAAAGGAGACCUACUAUUACGAAUAUGUUCCUGAAUUACUGAACGGUCUACAAGAUCUUAACGAGACUCGAGUGGCCAAGCUGAAUUCAAUCUGGACCCUCGCAGCCCAACUCGAACAAUCCCUAUUAUCUAAAAGCAGCGAUCAUGUCUCUCAUGUCAUAUCCGAGAUCCCUCGAAACGAGCCCCAUCUUGACUCAAUGAUGUUCAUCCGGCAUAACGUUGCCAGCUGGCAGGAGCCCAUGGACAUGCAGUUUGAACCCAGCCCUGUCUGGCACGAUGACGCAACGAUGGCCAUAGACGAGCCAGCGAAGGUCUUUCUUCGAAAUACGCUUACUAAAAGUAAGGUUCAGAUGAAAGAAAUGAAAAUCGAAGCGGAUAAGAAGCGGAGAGAAGUUGAGAAUGCAAAGAAGGUACGGCAAAGCGUACGAGAUGGUAAAGACAAACGCGACGAAGUCGAGGUCGUUCGGGCCAUUUUUUCGAUGCAGGAAGACUUACACCAGCUUGACCGUAAACGUCUUACGGCAGAAGUGGAAACGUCGACCAUUACUUCUGUCGUGGGCGAUUUAUCAUUCGGCGCCAAAAGUCAUAAUUUCCGAGCCCAGACUUUCAAAAUCCCCACAAAUUGUGAUCUUUGUGGCGACCGGAUCUGGGGCCUCUCGGCGAAAGGGUUUGAUUGCCGGGAUUGCGGAUACACAUGCCACAGCAAAUGUGAAAUGAAAGUCGCGCCAGAAUGUCCAGGAGAGCAAACGAAGGAAGAGAAGAAGAAGUUGAAAACCGAACGGCAGGAGGCGGCCAGUGCGGCCCGCUCAUAUGAUGCCUCAACAUCUCCCAGCGUGGCCGAGUUGCCGGCUCUAAAACGGCGAGAUACUAUGAACUCCCUUAGCUCCGGGUACGCAGCCAGUGCGGCGAGAUCGACAUCCGCGCUGUCUAGCCAAACCACCGACCCAGGGCCAGCCGAACUGCCUGCGACAACGGCCGCAACCUCACCACCACCUGCAAACAAGCCAGCAACGCUACGAAAACAUCGGGUUGUGGCACCUCCGCCCGAACGGUAUGUGAGCUCGCCGCCCCCAGUAUCUAAUGGUGGGUCUGGCGCAAAGGCGGAUGAGCCCAAAGGGAAGCUAUUAUAUCCCUACCAAGCCAACGGCGAGGACGAGAUAUCCGUGGAGGAAGGCCAAAGCAUUGUGAUUGUUGAGCCGGACGACGGCUCAGGCUGGAUGCGCAUACGAGCAGGCCGUUCGACGGGCCUCGUCCCCGCGUCGUACGUGGAGCAGAACGCGUCUGGCGACCGAGAGGGCCGGCCCGAGUCGACGUACUCGGCCUCGAGCCUAUCGAUGGGCAACAGCAAACGGCGCGGGCCGGCAGUGGCCCCGAAACGCGGCGCGAAGAAGCUGCAGUACGUGGUGGCGCUGUACGACUACGAGGCGCGCACGGAGGCGGAAUGGAGCAUGGCGGAGGGCGACCGGUUUGUGCUGGUGAACCGCGACGGCGGCAAUGGCUGGGCGGACGUCGAGAAGGGCGGCGUCACGAAGUGCGUGCCGGCGAACUACAUCGACGACGCCGCCUGA